AUGUUUCUCUUCGCUGGCUGGGCUCAUCGCUGGAUCCGGAGGAAUUCUGGCACUUGCGAAUCUAAUUUAGCGACUCGUCGCACGGCGCCGCUUCCUUGAAAUUCCACACUCUGUCUGACCCGCAAGGGUGUUGUUGUUUUCUUGCGGAGAGAGGUAGGGGGCAGAUCGGAUGCGAUCGCCGCGCAUCGACACAUGAUUACAGUGCCUCUUUUUGUCGCAUCAUUCCUUGAUUUCGACCAUGUGCUGGAGGUUUGGAGCAAGCGAUGGGUACCGUUUCUAGGAAGCUGCUUUUCGGUCUUGUGCGUGGAUUCGGUUGUCGUGUUGACCAGGCGUUAGUCUCGUGGGCAUGUGCGGGAGUGAUUGGGCGCCCGCUAACCUUGGAUAUGGUGGGUGUUCGUCGUCCCAGUACCUGGCUCUGCUUCGGCGAUUUCAGUGAAUUUAAAGAUUAACUCCAGGAACUGUAUUGAGGUUGCUGACCAUUCCAGUGAUUAUCAAGUCUAGUCGAUUUCAACUCAAAAGAUGGUGGAGCAAAGUUGAGAAUUAUUUGUGAGGGUUAGAACGGAUUGAAGGCAGAAAAGGUUUUGAAAUAUUGAUAUGACGACAUCAAUCGAAGCUGAGGUGAAGGUGUUUCUGGAGCAAUGCAAGGUUUCAGGGGACAGUGCUUACAAUGCCAUCAAGGGUGUGUUAGAGAGGUUACACAACGUGGACACGCGUGUGGACGCGAGAAAGCUUCUCACUGCAGUGGAGAAAUACGUGCAGAAACAAGAACCUGGGGUGGAUAGCAUGUCUCUGUACCAUUUUCGGUUCCAUGACCUCUCCCUCACUGAUUACGAAGGUUUUAGAGAGAAUAGGCAAAGCCUGAAGUUAUUGGAAUUACCAAGUAUUUUCAUUCCAGAGGAUUGGUCCUUCACCUUCUUUGAAGGUAUUAGCAGACAUCCAGAUACUGGAUUUAGGGAUCGGGAUGUUACAGAACUGGGUUGCGGCAAUGGAUGGGUGUCCAUUGCGAUGGCGGAACGAUGGUUGCCCCGAAAGGUCAUUGGGCUUGACAUCAACCCGAGGGCAAUCAAGGUGGCGUGGGUCAACCUCUAUUUGAAUGCACUAAGCGAUGAUGGUUUGUCUGUACUCGAUCACGAGGGAAAAUCGUUGCUGGAUAGAGUUGAAUUUCAUGUUUCAGAUCUGCUUGCGUACUGCAGGGAGCAGAAUUUGACAAUGGAUCUCAUCGUUGGUUGUAUACCACAGAUUCUUAAUCCCGAUCCAACAGCUAUGUCGAAGCUCGUGAGCGAAAAUGCUAGCGAAGAGUUCUUAUAUUCUCUCAGUAAUUAUUGUGGUCUUCAGGGAUUUGUUGAGGAUCAGUUUGGGUUAGGUUUGGUUGCAAGGGCUACAGAGGAGGGUAUUUCAAUCAUUAGACCGACUGGAAAGCUCAUAUUCAAUAUUGGAGGCCGGCCUGGCCAAGCUGUGACCGAGCGGUUAUUCAGCAGACGUGGGUUUCAUAUCAAAAAAUUGUGGCAAACUAGAGUGAAUCAGGCAGCAGAUACUGAUAUAUUAGCGCUAGUGGAAAUUGAGAAAAACACACGACAUCGGUUCGAGUUUUUCAUGGGACGUGUGAGUGAGGAGCCCAUAAGCGCAAGAACAGCAUGGGCAUUUUUGAAGUCAGGAGGCGAGAUUUCUCACGGACUGUCGGUUUAUGAGUGCAGACUUAGGAUGCCUAACCAGGUCAAGACAAUAUCGAAAUUUUUGAACAAUGGAUUUCAUGACACUCGAGGAGCCCUAGACCUCUCAUUUAAAGAUGAAGCAGUAGCCGAAGAGAAAAUACCUUUCCUGGCGCAUCUUGCACGUGGACUAGAGGAUCUCUCGUAUUUCCCACACGAGUCCCCGGCUGGAAGUUGUCGGUUUAGAAAUCUGAUAGCAGGUUUCAUGAGGAUCUACCAUCAUAUUCCACUAACUCCAGCGAGUGUUGUGAUCCUCCCCUCAAGAGCUGUGGCGAUAGAGAAUAUACUUCGCCUAUACUCACCUCGAUUAGCACUGGUGGAUGCUGCUCUCACACGUUGGUUGCCCAAGAAAUGGAUCACUGCGCUUCCUGCUCAGGCUCAUAUUGGUACAAAUUCAAUUGGGAGUUCUAAAUCCAACAAUAGCGUGACGGUUGUGGAAGCGCCUCGUCGGUCCGACUUAGUGGUGCAGCUGCUGAAGAAUCUGAAACCUCAGAUAGUUGUCACAAGUCUAGCGGAUUAUGAGAUGCGGACAUCCACUGCAUUUGAGCUGCUUCUAAAUGCCACUGCCAGCAUAGGAGCACGCCUGAUUUUGGAUAUGUCGGAGUACUUGGAGCUUUCAAGUUUACCAGGGACAAACGGAGUUCUGCAGUACCUAUCAUCUCAUCCAAUGCCUUUGCAUGCCACCGUCAUCUGCGGCCUGUUAAAAAACCAGGUUUAUUCAGACCUCGAGGUUGCCUUCGUCAUGUCAGAGAAUCGGACCCUUUUGAAUGCGCUUGCCAAGGCAGGGGAUGUUACAUAUGGCCGCACUGCCAUCUCAAGCCAGUUUUAUUAUGGCUGCCUCUUUCACGAGCUUCUAAGCUUUCAGCUUCCUGAACGUCAUACUAAUGAACAGAGGUUACCUAGGGAGGAGGAGGCUUCGGAGUACAUCAGUAUUUCACGUAGCACUGCUGAAGCACUAAGCGGCGUGGAGAAUGUCAAUCUCGACCAACGACCCCCUACGAUCUGUAUGGACUUCGACGAGAAUCUUCUCCAAGUCCCUGCAGCAGUCAAAGUGUCAGUCUUUGAAGGUUUCGCACGACAGAAUAUUUCGGAUGACGAGAUAGACCCACGGCCGGAAAUACUUGAAUACUUGGAAAGUACAUUUGGGGUUCCUCAUUCAUAUACGAAGGAGAUUUUCUUGAGUGAUACAUCUACUUCCCUUUUCACUAAGUUGGUUCUGGCAUGUGUCGAGGAAAACGGAACUCUUGUCUUUCCCAUGGGUUCCUGUGGGACUUUAGUCUCGGUCGCCAAGUUUCUGGAGGCGGACUUCAGGAUAUUACCCACUAAGGUUUCUGACUCCUUUAAAGCUACUGCAGGGCAAAUAGAUUCUUUUUUGACAGGUAUUAAGAAGCCAUGGAUGUACAUUCCAGGCCCGACCAUCAAUCCAACUGGACAACUCUACACGAACUCUGAGAUCAGCGAGAUCCUAUCUAUUUGUAAGAAAUACGGGGCUCGGGUAAUACUAAAUACCUCUUUCUCUGGGCUGGAGUACAGUGAGAAUGGUUCCUGGAAGUGGGACCUCAAGCAAAUUGGCACUGAAUCCGAGAAUUCCACCUACGCUGUUGCAAUCUUAGGAGGCUUAUCAACUGGCCUUAUGACAGGAGGGAUUGAGUUUGGCUUUUCGGCUGUUGCAGACGCAGUGUUUAUUGAAGCCUUCAAGGAUGCACCUACCUUGAGUCGGCCGCAUGGAACCCUGAAGUACUCCAUAAAAAAGUUGCUUGGACUGCUGGUAAGUCAGAAAUUUGAUGAUCUUGUUGCAGGUCUCGAGGUGCAGAAGAAGAUCCUGCAGCAUCGAGCAGAGCAACUCUGCAAGCUUCUAAAAGAAUGUGGUUGGGACGUCGUUGAACCCUUGGGAGGUACAUCCAUGGUGGCUACCCCAUCGGCAUUUUACGGCAAAUGUGUGAAGGGGGAGAGCACUGAAGCACUAUGCAGUGAAAAUAUUCGAGAUGCUCUUCUCAAGUUCACAGAUCUUUCUAUCAGCAGCAGCUCUUGGACAGGGAUACCCAACUACUGUCGCUUCAUGCUGGGUCUUACUGAUGAAGUCUUCGCAGCGUCGUGUCGUGCUCUGCUGAGAUUCAAAGAACUCGUGCUCUAGUAGGUGUGAAGCUUCAUGCCGUAUGUGCAUCCACUGCAAAAGCUUUCGCAUUCCAUAGUGCAACAAUGUGCUGUCUUUACCUUGUCUCUCUAGUGCGGUUUCUUUUGUAUAAUUCAUAAUGCACAGAUGAUCAUAGCCUGUACAAUAGGUGUGUAGCCAUGGUGGUUGUUUAUUGAAUAUAUCACUUCAGUAUGACAGGGAAGCCUGUAAAAUUCAUUUGUUAUGCAGAACGUCUAAAACUUAUCACAGAUUUGUUAAGUAACUUUCAUUUUUAUCGUA